CCCACCACACAAUCCUUAGAUUAUUGGUUCUGAGUUACCCUGUACACAAAAUUAAGCUCUUUCUUUUUUGUUUCUUCUACAUACCCUCUUCCUCUUUAUGAGAAGGAAUUCUUCUCCCAGCAAGAAAUAAAACAUUCCAUUCCGCGUCUACUCUUGUUGACCAAAAGCAUCUAUACAAACAACAACAAUCGUGGAACACACAGCUCCAGAGCUCAACAGGAUCAUCAGCAAGCGAUUGCACCGAUUGAAAUCUCUCUCGCUCUCUCUCUCUCUAUAUAUAUAUAGCUUACAGAGAUCGAUAACGAGAGAAGAGGAAGAAGAAGAAGAAGAAAAGGAGGUAGAGAUCAGAUUAACAAUGGAAGCAGAAAGGCUGAGAGGUGUUGUUCCAAGUAGUUAUGAUUUACAGGUCUCAUUCUCUACCCCAUCUAGUACUACUAGUACUACUCCACAAGGGAUUCAUGAAAUGGGUUUUGUCCAAUUUGAAGAAAACCAUGUCUUAAGCUUCUUGUCCCCCUCCCAACAUAUAUCUUCUCAUCACCACCACACUCCGCCUCCAACCACCGCCACCGCGGUGGCGGCUUCCGCUUCAAUCGUUUUUAAUAAUCACAACAAUAAUCAGGUGGGAUCAUUGGAUCCAAAGACUACUGUUAACGAUGACAACUGCGCAGCUGGUAAUGCCAACGAUGGCAGCAACAAUUCAUGGUGGAGGAGCUCAUCAGCAGGAUCCAUAGACCAGAAAAAUAGUAAUAAAAUGAAAGUGAGGAGGAAACUGAGAGAACCAAGAUUCUGCUUCCAAACAAGGAGUGAUGUGGAUGUACUUGAUGAUGGUUAUAAGUGGAGAAAAUAUGGCCAAAAAGUUGUCAAGAACAGCCUCCAUCCAAGAAGUUACUACCGAUGCACGCACAACAACUGUCGAGUGAAGAAAAGAGUGGAAAGGCUAUCGGAAGACUGUCGAAUGGUGAUAACAACCUAUGAAGGUAGACACAAUCACUCUCCCUGUGAUGACUCCAACUCCUCCGACCAUGACAACGGCUUCACCUCUUUCUAGCUCUACUAUAUAUCUAUCUAUAUAUCUAUAUAUCUUCCCCAUUUAUACAAGGAACACUUUUUCAAAAGCCUUGUUAAUUUGAGAUAUAUAUAUGUAUGUAUGUAUGUAUUGUGCACAAUGUAUAAGAUUGUUAUUUUGUGGAACUCCCUACAAUGUUGAACAAUUAUAAUUUAUAGCUACAUUUGCUUUCUCUUGCCAA